UGAUGAGACAACAAUGCUUUUUGCAUAUGAUCAGGACAUUCUAUCUUAUGAUAUUCAAACAGGUUGUCAAAAUGAUGAUUAUUUUGAAGGCGGUGCCAAAACUUCCGAAUAUAGCAGAAAAAUCUUGAGAAGCACUGUUGGAAAAUCAAUUGAUGAAGUUGUACAUAGU